ACGCGCUCGGAGUGAGCAUCUGCUGCGUCGCACCUCCUUCCCAGAAACGACAGACUCAUAAAAACAACAUCAUCCAGCGGAGCUAGCGGAGCGUUAACGGACAUUUAACCGACAUUUAAACCGCGGAGCCGCCGGUCACCGGGUCCUCUGACACCGAGUUGUUGUUGUUUCCAGUGAGGAUGGCGGAGCAGAACACGGAGGCGAAGCUGAAGAACCUUCUGAAGCAGGAGAAGAUCCAGCUGUGGAACCCUCCAUACACCGACGAUGACAACCAGCCGGGGCAGCAGCACAUGCAGGAGCUGGCCAAUCGCUACGCUCCUCUGCUGGGUCUGUCGGCACCGGAGGUCGGCGUCGCUCUGGAGUUGAUCCGAGUUCUGGCGGUGAAGAGAGGAAAAGGAAACAAGAUGUUCAGAGAGACCAACGUGGCGACACUGGAGCUGCUGCUGCCCCGAGACAGCAAGAAGGAUCCGAAGGCGAAGACGUACCUGGAGACGAGGCUGGACGUGUCGCUGCAGCAGCUGAUGGACAGGAUCGCCGAGGAGUUCGGCCUCAAACAUGUCAAACUGAUCCUCAAUGGGAAAACUCUGUCCGGAGACCAGCCUCUGGACCAGCAGGGCGUGAAGAACCACAGCAAGGUGAUGGUGCUGAAGGUGAGCGACGCUGAGUGGAAGCAGCAGCUGAUGGAGGACGAGGAGAAAAAGAAGAAUCAGAACGAGAGCAUUCAGAGAACCCAGAAAGGCUUCCAGAUCCUGUCUGAGAGAGACGGCAGCGAGGAUCCUGACACCACGCCUUUUCUGGAGAUCGGUGACCAGAAGGGAAACCCGCUGAACAUCCCUCACAAGGAGAAGAAGGCUCUGAUCCUGGCUAUGGGCUUCCAUGAGAAAGGUCGCUCUCUGAUGAAGAAGAAGCAGUACGAGAACGCUCUGUGCCACCUGCUGCAGGCCGACCAGCAGUUCAGUCAGUGUGGCUCCGCCCUGCUGGCCUCGGUGGAUAACUUCGCCGUCCUCCAGCUGGACAUCGUCUGGUGCUACCAGGCCCUGGAGGCCCUCAGCUGCCUGGAGGACGGACGGAGCCGCCUGCAGAGGGCCGAGGAGUGUUUCCUCAAGUGUUACGGAGAACAGCAGCAGAGACUACUGAGGAUCAAGGGUAACACAGGCAGAGAGGACGUUCUGUUCCUGCGGCUCUAUCUGCUCCAGAGUCUGAUAUUCUACAUCGAGGGGGACGACCGGCAGGCCCGGAUACAGCUGUCCAGAGUGGAGUCUCUGUACAGCCGGCUGGUUCUGGACUCAGAGAAGAUGGCUCAGCUGAUGUCUCUGGGUUUCACUGACAGAGAAGCUCGACUGGGACUCAGAGCCUGUCAGGGAGACCUGCAGGAGGCAGCCAUCCACAUCAGCAACCGCAGACAGGAGCGAGAGGAUCUGAAGCAGAGGGAGAGGCAGCGGAGGAGAACCAGGAUGGAGGCUAUCUCCACGCUGUCAGAGCUGGGCUUCUCCAGGAGAGACGCUGCCAGAGCUCUGCAUCACGCCCACGGAGACGUGGACAAAGCUUACGGAAUCCUCCUGGACUCCAGUCAGGCUACUCAGGCCUCCAACAACAACUCAGAGAGCGCGCUCAGUCCGGACAAGGUGCAGCAGCUGCUCUAUCUGGGUUUUGAGCGUGUGUCCUCUGAGGCAGCUCUCAGAUUGACAGGUGGAGACGUCCAAUCAGCCACUCAGCUGCUGCUGGACAACCAGGGCUUCAUCUCUGCAGAGCUGCUGAGUCCUCCAUCCACCUCCAGCUCCUCCUCACCAUCCUCUGAGGAACCCAGCACCUCCUCCACCUGCCCAGAGGACACAGAGCUGGUGAACGAGGUGCUGGAGGACAUCUCUCAUCACGAGGAGGACUACCUGGACCUGACACUGGAGGAGGAGAGUGAACUCAUCGCCGCCAUGAAGACCUACCUGAGCCGAGAGGCGACGCUCAGCUAGAACCAGAGUCGGUCCCAGAACCACCCAGCGUCGCUUUGAGCUCCGUCUGGAGCCGUCCAGAUGUUCAACAGGGCUGCUUUCAGCCACAAAGGGACGAUCAGCAGCAAAGCACCAAAGCAUGAAGCAGCCUCACCUCACACAUGACUGUUUCCUCAUUCCACAGGCGUGUUCAGCAAUAAUUCAGUUCAGGAAAAGUGGUCGUGAAGCUGUGGAGAGGUUCAACUGUUGGAUCAGAUUUAUUUUUAACCUCUGAAUGGAUCCGUGUUGUUUUCUAAAUGAACUCUGCUCCAUUUUUGAUUUGUUGUUCUGACGGCAGUAAGCAAAGAUUUGUGUUUGUGUUUCCUGUUGACGUUGAGCGAAUAAAGGGGAUGAAGGUUG